UGCUCCGAUCCUACAGCACCAUGCCCAUUUUAAUAACCAGAAGACUGUGUGCACUUUGGCCGCGGAACUCUUUUAAAGACGUUCAUUUGCAGAGGUUUGUGGCUCGUAGCAACAUGUCUUCGUCUCAAAGUAAGCGACCGGUUUCCUUAUUGGGAACGAACUCUUUCGGUAGUAAAGCCGACGCGGAGCAGAGCCUGGAGAUGGUGAAGACUUUCCUGGACAGGGGGCACGUGCUGCUGGACACAGCUAUCAUGUACGCCGACGGGAAGGCAGAGACGUUUAUAGGGAGCAUGAAUCUUCCUAAAACAGUAAGCAUAGCUACCAAGGCCAACCCCUGGAAUGGGAAGACUCUGAAGCCGGAGAGUGUGCGCUCUCAGCUGGAAAGCUCCCUCCAGAGGCUGCAGACUGAUUGUGUGGACCUUUUUUACCUCCAUAUCCCUGACCGUCAAAACCCCAUCCAGGAUACACUUAAGGCCUGCAAUGAACUCCACAAAGAGGGAAAGUUCAAGGAGUUUGGCCUGUCAAACUAUGCUUCCUGGGAAGUGGCGGAAAUUGUCAGCCUCUGCAGACACAACAACUGGAUUGUUCCCACAGUGUAUCAGGGGAUGUACAAUGCCACUACAAGACAAGUUGAGACAGAGUUGCUGCCAUGUCUGAGAUACUACGGAAUGAGGUUCUACGCAUACAAUCCUCUAGCAGGUGGCCUUCUGACAGGAAAGUACCACAACAUAGACAAAGAUGGUCCCCUGCCUGAAGGACGAUUCUCUGGUGACAUCUGGGCCGCAGCAUACAGGGACAGAUACUGGAAGCAGAGUCAGUUUGAGGCAAUCAAUCUGGUUAUUGAGGCCUUGGAGACAGUGUACAGCUUGGAGAAACCCACCAUGACAUCUGCUGCUAUGCGCUGGAUGUACCAUCACUCCCAACUUAAGGGGGAUCUUGGUGAUGGAGUCAUAAUUGGCAUGUCAAGUAUAGAUCAACUUCAGCAAAACUUGGCAGCUGCAGAGGAGGGUCCUCUGGAUGAGAGAGUGGUCACCGCUUUUAAUGACGCCUGGAACCUAGUCGACCACGAGUGUCCAAACUACUUCCGCUAAAGACACUGUCCAUUAAUCGAGCACCCUUCAAGGGUCGAGACACACAGCAUGUUGUCUGAAUUACAUCAAGCAUCAGACAUACUAAUGUUAAUGCCAAUACUGAAACAAUGUUAACUGAAACACCAAAAUAAUUAUUUGUAUGGUUAUUUCUAGAACCAAAUACAUGAAUAACCCAGUUGAUUUAGUUAUUUUUCUGUGCAAAUUCAAAAGGACAUACAAAUAAAUGCCUCGAUAAAUAACAGGUUAAGCCACACUAUAUGUAUGUGUCUUUCUAAGAACCUCAACAUGUUUUUGUUUAUGCUGCUUGCUUUGGUAUCAAUUGCUAUAUUCAGGUUCUUUCUCUUAGUUUUUAAGUUUAAAUUGUAAUUAUUUGUCUGUUACUAGUUCAUCCUUAAUUUCUUUUGUGUAUCUGUUUAGCUUUUCUUUAUUAGCUUUAUGUUGGUAUUGUAGACUAUUUAUAUAUCAGAACAGACAGCCACAUGCUUCUAUUGGGGAUCCUUCAAUAAACAAUAAAUAAUCAAAUGAGUGGUUC